AUGGGAGAAAGUAUCACAAGUACUGCUGCAUGCAUAUCUGCAGCCUUUGAUAAUAUAGCAUCAACAGCACAGGUGGUGAAUGAGGAGCUAUGGAACGAGGCGAAAACUUAUGGUGACAUCCAACUGAUGCCAUUUGUUGACUACUAUAGCCUUAUCACAUGGAAGACUUUAGCUAUAUGCGUAUUUGGGACACAGGUUGUUUCAGCAAAAUUUGUCAUGAAGACAGACGAUGAUGCAUUUGUUCGGGUGGAUGAAAUUUUGGCCUCCUUGAAUAGGAUUAAUGUGAGCCGUGGUUUGCUUUAUGGGCUCAUUAAUUCUGAUUCACAUCCUCAUCGAAGUCCUGAUAGCAAGUGGUACAUUAGUCCUGAAGUUCUAACACGAUUCCCAAGAAGAAGAAGCCAGUCAUUGCUGUGAAGAUGGUUUUUGAAUUGAAGACUACAAGGCCUAUCGUGCUCAUGUUUUGUUCUAGAUGGGAAUCGUGCUCAUAUUUUUGUAUAGAACUUUACUACUCUCUAUUGUGGAUGGGAAAUCACUAGUAUUGUAACUGAAUGGCUUAUUUUGGAUGGUGCAUGGUUUAUGACUCAUUUGAGGCAACAUUUAUAUAUAU